UGUAACUCAUCUAGCCACGCCCCCCCACCGCCAGCGUCUUCCGCUUCUGUGUCAAUACUCGGCUAAACUGUCAAAUUCCUGCUCGUCGAGAUCCGUCAAAACAUUCACCCCGCUCCUGCCACCGAGGUUACUUAUCUGCUUCUGUCAACACAAAGUCACCUCUGAAGUCUGUUAAAUUGACAGCAGAUCUGCUCUGUUUGACAUCCGGUGUCAUUCUUCUGUUGUCAAACCGAAUUUGGGACAUUCCUCGCCUGGAUAUUGAAUGAACAUUGUCUAGUUUCUGUGGUGACACUCCAGAGGGACCUUGAUAGACCAAUCUCCCUCCAGAGGAACUCUGAGGGGCCGCCACCAGAAGGAACAUGUGCUAGGAGUUGUACGUCUGUCCUGAACGACUGGUCAGCUUGGACGCUAGAAGAUGAGCAAUGAGGAUGAGUUCUACGACGCCGUCACAGGCCUGGAUUCGGACGAGUCGUACGAAGGGGUGUCGGAGGCCAGUUUCAAAGAUGCCCUGGUGUUUGACGGCAGCACUCAGAAGAACAACGGAUCGGUGCGGCAGGAGAAUGGCAUCAAGAAACACAGGACGUCCUUACCUGCACCCAUGUUUUCCAGAAACUCAGUCAGUAUCUGGAGUAUCCUGAAGAAAUGCAUCGGACUGGAACUGUCAAAGAUCACGAUGCCCAUCGUCCUCAACGAGCCUCUGAGCUUCCUGCAGAGAAUCACAGAAUACAUGGAACACACUUACCUCAUCAACAGAGCCUGCUUGAUGUCCGACUCCAUAGAGCGCAUGCAGGCAGUAGCUGCUUUUGCUGUGUCAGCAGUUGCGUCUCAGUGGGACAGAACUGGAAAACCUUUCAACCCUCUGCUGGGAGAGACUUAUGAACUCACCAGAGAGGAGCAAGGUUUCCGGCUGGUAUCGGAGCAGGUAUCCCAUCAUCCCCCAGUCAGUGCCUUCCAUGCAGAGAGCCUGGUCGGGGACUUCGUCUUCCAUGGCUCCAUCUACCCCAAACUCAAGUUCUGGGGCAAGAGCGUCGAGGCUGAGCCUAAAGGGAUCAUCACACUAGAACUACUCAAGCACAACGAGGCGUACACAUGGAGUAACCCUUACUGCUGCGUACACAACAUCAUCCUGGGCAAACUAUGGAUAGAGCAAUACGGCACAGUGGAAAUAGUCAACCACAGCACUGGAGACAAGUGCGUGUUGAAUUUCAAGCCCUGUGGGAUGUUUGGCAAAGAGCUGCACAAAGUGGAGGGUUACAUCCAGGAUAAGAGUAAAAAGAAGCACUGCGUCAUCUAUGGGAAGUGGACCGAAUGCAUGUGGAGUGUCGACCCUCAGGCCUACGAGACCCACAAGAAGUCGGAGAGGAAAGGAGACAACAAGAAGCACAAAAAUGAGGAGCUGGACGGAGCAGAGAACGAUGACGCAGACGACAUGCCCGAUGUCCAGGAGACGGUUUCUGUCGUACCAGGAAGCACUUUGCUGUGGAGGAUAGACUCCAGACCGGCACACUCUGCCACGAUGUACAACUUCACCCACUUUGCAAUGUCUCUCAAUGAGCUGGAGCCCGGCAUGGAGGCCACCUUGGCCCCCUCAGACUGUCGCUUCAGGCCUGACAUCAGAGCCAUGGAGAACGGCAACAUGGAGGAGGCCAGUAGGGAGAAGGAGAGACUGGAGGAGAAACAGAGAGCUGCCAGAAAGGAGAGAGCCAAGAAUGACGAGGAGUGGUCUACAAGGUGGUUCCAGAUGGGCACCAACCCGUACACUGGCUCCCAGGCCUGGCUCUACACCGGUGGCUACUUCAAUAGGAACUACCAAGACCUGCCCGAUAUCUACUGAUCGCCUGCUAGCCUUCGUCCUCCUACUCUUCCUCCUCUAUAACCCGCAAUGAUCUGCCUGAAGAAUCCAUUUACCCAUCUUCAUCUCACUGCCUUCAUCAUCAGCACCAUCGUCUUUAAACUGACCGACACACAGCGCAGAUUGGAAACUUGAAAAGAAGUCAAAUGCCCAUCACAGGUCUUUUUUUGUUUUCUUUAAUCUUCCCCUUAGUCUUCCCCUCAUCAUCUUGUGUAACGACCAGCAGACAUCUCCCAUCUCUCUGCCCCGACAUCGUUUAGAGCACAAGAACUAUUUUAUUCCCGACCAGUCGCCGCGGCAGAGAGUUGGUACAUGUGAAACAACGGCCCACAAACUCACAGAUCCAAACUGAAUGUUUAACGUCUUUACAAUCAAACCUCUCUCCACUGAGGAAACACCUACCAGGCUUCUGGAUGGCAACAUUUAACAGUCAAGUGUCAUUAAUGAGUAAAUGUGAGUAACAGCAACAUGAAGUAAGACAUAAUAAUCUAUGUGGUGGAUUUACAGACAUGGUCGGACACGUAGUCAACGGGGAAAUCAGGGAUGUGAAUGUUGCUUUGACUGAAGAUGGAUCUCGAUCUCUUUCUGUUCUGGAAACUUUUCAAACGCUCAAAAAAUUAAUUGUACUCUUUAAGGAACAAUACUCUCGAGAAAUACUGUUUGUUGAAUCAGUCAAGACAUGUUGAAUGCAAGCAUGAGCUCCAUUACUGUCCAUGUGUCAUAGCCCUAAAACAUUUAGUAUUGACUGUUACUCCCCCAUUAACCUUUCACUUAAAGUUUAAUGCAUCGAAAUAAAUCAAGACCAGAAAACGGAUGUUUCCUCGACAGCAGAGUGGAAUGUGCAGCCUGAGCGGGACCAGACCUGGGAUCAGGAGAGAAACCACACCCAAUCUGAUGUUAUUGAAACAGAUGAAUUAGUAGAGCGCAGAUUUGGUGGCACAACUGAGCUGUUCCCACUUGAAAUGUAACUCUGUUGUCUUAACACUUGGCCUGGAACUUCUGCGUGUCUGAACAACUGUUGGUUUUACAUCCAGUAGAAAAGUAUAGUACGGUGAUGCUCCCUCCCAAUGCCAAUUCACUAAAAAGAAAAGUUAGAGCAGCUGGAGUUCAGACCCAGAGUUUGAGAAACACUGAACAUGAAUGUUUGUAUGCAGCUUGGAUAGCUGCUAACUGUGCUCACUGCUAAGUCACAGCUGAGGUUUGUUGACAUUCAAAGAGGCUUCACACACAAGUACAGAACAUUUGAUUUUUCAUCCAAUUUUCACCCUCACAGGCAGAGCAGCAGCUCAGAUAGCUUCAGUCCUCUGCUCAAGGAAGGUGCGUGAACAGAUCGAAGUAGUAGUGACCUGUUCUUGCAGAGCUUCCUGUCGACCAGAACACCAAAUGAAAAAGCUUAAUGAGAGAACAGGGUCAAAUCUGAUGGUGCCUGCAUGUGCAUGUAAAUCUGAACCUGAAGGAUGAAGGUCACUCGUUUAACACAUUUAUUUCCUCAAAUUGGACCCACCAUCUGUGUGAUAGUGAUGAGUGAAUGUAAGAAACGGUAGCGACACAUGCACGUUCAUCGCGUGAACGAUUGUAUAAAUAUGUGCAGACGCUUCAAGCCAUAUUAACUAAAAGAGAGGGCGGGUUUGCUGUGUGAAUGACGGGAAUUUGACAAUGCCAACUCUCAAAAUUUACAUUCUUAUUAACCUCACUAUCAUCGUAGCAUGAUUUAAAAAAACAAACAAAAAAACAUUAUUCAUAUCAGUGUAAUAUAAUGUAACAUGCACCAUUAGAUAUUCUGCUGUCCGGCAGGAUUGGAUGUUAAAGAGUGGGAUGAAUUACUUAAUGGGUCUACUGUACACGAGGGGGGAGUGACCACCACACUGAAAGAAACACAAAGAUACUGUCAAAGACACACAAGAAGAUUCAACAUUAGCACAAAAAGACAUAAAACGAUGGUACUUGUGUGUCUCUUGCUGUCAGGUUGUCUUGCUCCUAUUUAAGAGAGCAGGGGGCCUGUUACCUGUUACUGUGCCCUGUUGUCAUAAUCCGUCCAUGUUUUUUUUUUCUUCUGAUGCUGAUUGUAGUCAAAAGGAGACUUGAGUUUUAUUCCGAAACUAAAUUUAAUGACAGGAAAGUGAAAACUACUUCUAAUGGAUGUUGGCACAAAAAUAAAACGAUCCAGCCGGACAGACUUAAGUAUUUCAGAGCUUAACGAUAAAAACUCCUGUGCACUGCGUGUCCUUUGCACGUUUUGAAUCAUGUUAAGCAUAGUGGCUCCACCUCAGACACCAUGACUCCAUGUUGCACCCCCAGUGUAUAGAUUCAGACUUUAGCUGCUCUAAAGGUACAAGAUAUUUAGAUAGUUGACUGUCAGUAUUUUGCCAAACAUUCCAGCUAAGCAGGACUUCAGUUUCCGUUCAGACUUGGGGCUGAAAUCCAAAUGCAGGUCCUGCUGUAAAAUAUCAGUCAGGAAUGGAUUGGACUUUGAAUUUAUAUAUUUAGUAUAUAAGCUGAAAAUAUAUUAACAGAUUUCAAACCUUAUACUCUCGAGCUACAUGCUCUUCAGCUACAGAUAAAAUUAUAGAUUCAUGAUUAAAUAAAAUAAAAUACCUCUUUAUCUCGCGUUGAAGCCGAUACAAGCAGUCAAAUGUGUUUUAGUGUGGUCCAUCCUGGUUCAUCCCGCAUCAGGAUGUCCGUUAGAUAAAUGUCUUCUCCAGGUUGUCGUCACAUCACAGUGCUCACAUUACCUGCAGGCCUGUUUGCACUGCUGAGAUAUGGACGAUGAUCCUGCAGGUUGCACUCCUAAAUAACAUAACGGACAAAUUUAGUGCAACAAAUCUAUGUGACUCUCAAUUUUCCUUCAUUUUGUUCUCCACUGUUUAAAAAAAAAAAAAUCAUCUGUGCAUUUAGGAGCUCUGACGUAUUUCACAAUACCAACUCUAUGCAACUUUUGCACCUCAACAUGAACAGUACAUGUCUGUUAUUGUAUAGUAGCUUUACUUCCCCCUCACCCUCAACAGCUCACACACACACACACACACACACACACACACAUACAUCUUCAGCUCGCAGCAGAUGUAUCUCCUGAUCAUGACUUCUUUGUUUAUCAAUAUAGUCAAAAACAAAAAAAAAUAGAAAUGGUUAUAACUCGUUGAACUACUCGUCACUACAACCAGCCUUGUGUCACAUCUUGGACCAAUUUAACUUUUCAUUUGUGUCUGUUUAAAGUGUAUUUACAUGUCAUGCUUAGUUCCUGGAUUUCUCCAUUCCUUUGUUUUUGUUGUUGUUGUUUUUUUAAUUUAUGUGUAAUAUUUAUGAUGUUUGAGGUUUUAUGAAAAAAAAUUCUGUUGACUUUUUCCCCUCCCCCUCUUUUGCUCGUGUAGCUAAUCCAACCCGCCCUUAAUUCUGUCUUUGACUUAAACACAAAUCUGAACUGUUUUAUAGAUGAGCAGAGUCUAAUCAGGGCUUGAAGUGAACAUCAUUCACCAGCUUAACACGUGUAUAUUUUGCUGUGGCCGUCGCAUCUGUCAGAUUCACUAACCAAUACAGUGUGUAGGUAGAUCUACUGUGUGGAAUCCCUCUUUCCUGUUUUAGACUCUUGGCUGCUAAAAUUCACGUGUAAAAAAAGAAAUUAGUUAUUUUCACGCCCAGAAGAGCACUUUUUUUUCCCCCCACCUUGUCAAUAAAAAUCAAUCACACAAACACUAUUACUACUACAGAAAGGUGCGAAUUUAACACAGCUGCAGUAGUAAAUGACUGCAAACAGGAACACCAGUCUAUGAUGAAAAAUACUUCUUGACUCUAAAGUUAUUUCAUCUGGUAAAAUGGUUCCAGCAGCUCGUAAACGUGAGCACGAAACAUUCAUCAGCGCUGAUUCAGACUCUACCAGUCACAAGACUAAAGCUCUGUCGUUAAACUAGAUCUAAGUUGUUAUGUUUGAUGUUUGAGUGUUGGUUCUUUCUAUUAAAAAAAACUCCUUCUCUUGGACUGUACCAUGGGGUUGUCGAUGUUAUAUAUGUGUACAAGUGCUGCACAAAUGGUAAUCACAAGCAAAAUGGCAUAUUAUUUUGUGCAAUUGAUUUAUUUUUAUAGUAUUUAAACAGUUUUUGGUGAGAACAUUGUACCAGAUGUUUUAUUUUGAGGUGGGGGACUGUAAGGGCUCGGAUCCAAUCUGUGGACAGCUUGGUAGAUUAAUGAACGGGGGAAAUGUCUACUAAUAAAAUCCUAAUUUCAGUUUUC